ACUCAGCUCCCCAGCCCAGGUUCUACUGCAUCCUGUCUCUAGAAGCUUCUGAGGAUGAUCUGAACCGCCUGGACAGCACGGAAGCCUGUGCCCUUCAGUACUACUUCUUGAUCCUCUGGAGGAUCCUGGGGAUUUUACCUCCCUCCAAAAGCUACAUGCACCACCUGGCCAUGAACACCCCAGAGAUGAGUGAAUGUGACCUCCUGCACACACUGCGCUGGUCAUCACGGCUGCAGAUCCCAUCAUAUGUCAUGUGGAUCAAGGAUCACCUUAUCAAGCAGGGCAUGAAAGCUGAACAUGCUGCUCCUCUCAUCGAACUGACCUCCAGCAAGUGCAUCUCAGUGAAGUAUGAUGUGGAAAUAGCAGAGGAAUACUUUGCUCGCCAGAUUCAGGUUUCCCUAGACGAGCACUUUUCCAAGUUAGCUGCAGAAACUGAUCCCCACAAGUCCUCAGAGAUAACCAAGAACCUCCUGCCUGCUACUCUGCAGCUCAUUGACACUUAUGCUACAUUUACCAGAUCCUACUUGCUGAGGAGCCUCUCUGAAGAGGGCUCUGCAGAGAACAAACCCUCUGAGGAGAAGCUCCGAGGCUAUGCUGCUGUCCUGGCCAUUGGGUCCAGCCGGAGCAAGUCCAACACUCUAGGUCCAACACUGGUUCAGAACUUGCCCUCAGCUGUGCAGACUCUAUGUGAGUCAUGGAACAACAUCCAUACCAAUGAGUUCCCAAACAUUGGCUCGUGGCGCAAUGCCUUCGCCAACGACACCAUCCCCGCUGAGAGCUACAUCAGCGCCGUGCAGGCCGCACACCUCGGCACCCUCUGCAGCCAAACUCUGCCUCUGGCAGCCUCCCUCAAACACACCCUGCUGUCCCUGGUCAGGCUCACCGGGGACCUCAUCGUCUGGUCAGAUGAUCUGAACCCACCCCAGGUGAUUCAUUCCUUGCUGCCUCUCCUCCUGGAGACCAGCACAGAGAGUGUGGCAGAAAUCAGUAGCAACUCCCUGGAGAGGAUCUUGGGCCCUGCAGAGUCAGAUGAGUUCCUGGCACGUGUGUAUGAGAAGUUGAUCACAGGAUGCUAUAACAUCCUGGCCCAUCACUCUGAUCCAAACAGUGGCCUGGAUGAGUCCAUCUUGGAGGAAUGUUUGCAGCAUCUGGAGAAACAGCUGGAGAGCAGCCAGGCCAGGAAAGCCAUGGAGGAAUUCUUUUCAGAAAGUGGAGAACUGGUGCAGAUCAUGAUGGCCACAGCCAACGAGAACCUCUCGGCCAAGUUCUGUAACAGAGUGCUGAAAUUCUUCACCAAGCUCUUCCAGCUCACUGAGAAGAGUCCCAACCCCAGCCUGCUGCGGCUCUGUGGCUCCUUGGCUCAACUGGCUUGUGUGGAGCCUGUCAGGCUCCAGGCCUGGCUCACCAGGAUGACCAUGUCCCCACCCAAGGAUUCAGACCAGCUGGACGUUGUGCAGGAGAACAGGCAACUGCUGCAGCUCCUGACUACUUACAUCGUUAGGGAAAACAGCCAAGUGGGAGAAGGUGUGUGCACUGUCCUGCUGAGUACUCUGAUACCAAUGGCAACAGAGAUGUUGGCCAAUGGUGAUGGCACAGGCUUUCCUGAGCUGAUGGUCGUGAUGGCAACUUUGGCCAGUGCAGGACAAGGUGCAGGACACCUCCAGCUUCAUGGUGCUGCUGUGGAUUGGCUGGGCAGAUGCAAGAAAUACCUGUCUCAGAAGAAUGUGGUAGAGAAAAUGAAUGCCAAUGUCAUGCAGGGGAAGCAUGUGACUAUCCUGGAGUGUACAUGCCACAUUGUGUCCUACCUGGCUGAUGUCACCAAUGCCCUGAGCCAGAGCAGUGGCCAAGGUCCCAGUCACCUGUCUGUGGACGGGGAGGAACGAGCCAUCGAGGUGGACUCAGACUGGGUGGAAGAGUUAGCAGUGGAGGAGGAGGACUCUCAGGCUGAGGAUUCGGAUGAAGAUUCUCUCUGCAAUAAACUCUGUACCUUCACCAUCACACAGAAAGAAUUCAUGAAUCAACAUUGGUACCACUGUCACACUUGCAAGAUGGUUGAUGGCGUUGGUGUUUGCACAGUUUGUGCUAAAGUUUGUCACAAGGAUCAUGAGAUUUCCUAUGCCAAGUAUGGAUCAUUCUUCUGUGACUGUGGAGCCAAGGAGGAUGGCAGCUGCCUGGCUUUGGUGAAGAGAACUCCCAGCAGUGGAAUGAGCUCUACCAUGAAAGAAUCAGCCUUCCAGAGUGAGCCCAGAGUGCCUGAGAGCGUCAUUCGCCACGCCAGCACCUCUCCUGCUGAGAAAGCCAAGGUCACCAUCAGUGAAGGGAAGGGCCCUGAUGAAGAAAAACCCAAGAAGAGCAGUCUGUGCAGAAAUGUUGAGGGCUGUCGAGAGGAACUGCAGUCCCAGGCCAACUUUUCCUUUGCACCUCUGGUGCUGGAGAUGCUGAAUUUCCUGAUGGAUGCCAUCCAGAUCAACUUCCAGCAAGCUUCAGCCAUGGGGAGCAGCAGCCGUGCCCAGCAAGCUCUCAACGAGCUCCAUACCUUGGACAAGUCAGUAGAGAUGACAGACCAGCUGAUGGAAGGUGCCUUUGAGAACGUGCGCAUGAACUACAGCGGUGACCAGGGCCAGACCAUCCGGCAGCUGAUCAGUGCCCACGUGCUGCGCCGCGUGGCCAUGUGUGUGCUCUCCUCCCCCCACGGCCGGAGGCAGCACCUGGCUGUCAGCCACGAGAAGGGCAAGAUCACAGUCCUUCAGCUCUCAGCACUGCUGAAACAAGCUGACUCCAGCAAGAGAAAACUGACCCUCACUCGCCUUGCGUCCGCCCCCGUUCCCUUCACUGUCCUCAGCCUCACUGGAAACCCCUGCAAGGAGGACUACCUGGCUGUGUGUGGACUCAAA